GCUAACUAUGCUAGCGUAGCUCUAGCCAUUGAUGAAAAAUAUUAUCAUAAUAAAACGCAAUGAAAAGAAGAAAUAAGAUUAUAUUUGUCUAAUGUUAUGUGAAUAGUAAUCUGAAAAGUUGAAAAGUGAAGAUAUGAGCAGUGAAGUGUGUUAAAAAAUGUUGAAGUACUUAACACAUGCCUUAGUUUAUAAACUAGGUAUAGUAUUUCCAAAAAUGGGUUAUACUGACAGAAGUGUAAGAUACACGACAAAUUUUCAGAUAAUGUCAUGUGGCGAAUAGGGGACUGUUAAUAAUACCAUGUGUGAAUUGUUGUUUAAAUAUCAGAGAGAAAUGAAUGACUAAGUGGGGAUGCUUUCAGAAUUCAAAAUCUGCAGAAGUGAAAGAAUUUGACAGACUGCUGGAAUUAUAAACAGAUCUCAACGCAGGGUUGUAAUUUGAGGGAAGGAAAAUGAGAAGUUUAUGAAAUUUGCUUAAUGAAUGGUUUUAAGUGUUUUUAUAGGCAGCUGGCAUAAUACAUGUCUGGAUUUUCAAGAUGCUUGUGGAAAUAAGCUGAUCUGGAGUGGAUUUUUAAGGAUUCGAUCAUUUUUAAGCCAGAAUGUUGGAGGAUAGGGGAAGAACAUUAUAAACAUGUUGGAUAUAUACAUGUUUGGUGAAUGUACAUGCUGGAUAUAUACAUGUAUGGUGAACGUGAACAGCGCUGGAGGGACUUCUACCACAAAGAUACAAUAAGGAUGACACAGCAGAGGUCGUGACACCACAUAAGAAAUUCUGUGAUGCCAGACAGCUACCAUGUAAAGGUCAAAGAUGUAUACACUUCUUUGAUGCCACUUUAAAGUUUACUGGAAGUGACAGUUGACAUUUCUGAAUGAUUAAAUCUUGGACCUGAUAUUGACAUCUCUGAAGGUGAACCAUGAAGUUCAAAGAUAAACUUCGACAUUCCUUUUCCAGGAAAGUGCAAACUUUCGAUAGAAACAGAAAUAUAGACAAGUCCAAUUUGAAUGUGAAAACUUCAAGCACUUUGGAUGAACAGAACCAGAAUGAGGUUUCUAGAAAGAGUGGUACUUCUGAAUUAUUGCUGGCCCCAAACAGGGGAAAGAAGGCUUUUAAAAGUUCUCAGAAAUUUGGACGUAGACAAGUGCUUAAAUGCAGGAAUGAUGCCGAAAAUGAACUUUGUCCAGAAGAUAUUGUCAGGACUGGUUCAAAAAUAAACGGUAAGCAAGAUGAAAAUAAAGUUUUAGAUUUUGACUUUUCUUCCCUGAUUAAGACAGUGAAUUUCAAGCCAAAGUCAGGCAGAAAACUUCAUGUGAUUAAAGAGAUAGAAGACAUAGAUAAAGAACAUAUUGAGAAUGACUUCUCAGUUUUUCAGAAAACUUUUGAAUUCAAAGUUCCAGGCAGAGUGUCGGAAAAUCCGAAAAGGGUUGUUCCGGAAAUAGUGGACCUUGGAAUUACCUCUCCAACAUGUGCGGAUAUGUAUGGCCAUGAUGAAAUAGACAAUGUUGUGUUUACUUUUCAUGGUGAUUUAGGUCAAUCAUAUGGCAAGAGUGUGGCAAAAGGUCUUAAAUCAGAUAGAGGUAAAAGAGACACAAAGUCCUCACAAUCAAAGCAUGACAAAACUAGAACUGAAACAAGUAAAAAUAAACAUGAAGUAAAGAAUGGAAAUGGAGAAACAAAUAUCAUAUCGGGAUUUGAAAAGGUCGAUGAGCCCAAAAAGACUGUUACAAAAACAAUGAGUUUAGUGAAUAUGAAGAAGUACACAGAUAAACCAAAAUUGGAACGUAUGAGUUCAUUGCGUACGAAAAUAACAGAAAUGAAAGAAUCAAAGGCUGAAUGUGAACAUUUAGAAAAUCCUUGGGUCUUGCGAACAGAUUUAAAAGACACAGAAAAUGUAAACAUUCAGGACCAGAACAGAUUUUGCUCAGUAGAAAUAGUGAACAAGCCUCUUGGGAGCUUUCUUACUCUGGAAUCUAGAAUAAGCCUUGAAUCUUCAUUAGGAUUUGAUGUUAACCAAAUAAACAAUGACAAAGACAAUGUAGAAACAAGUGAACAUGACCUGAAGAACGCUGCUAUAGUAGAAGAACUAACAACUAAAGCAAUACGAGUAAAACCUGAGCUUAAAAGAAGUGACAGUGUUAAUUCUCUGGACUCAUUUGGCUCCAGUGUUCACUCUGUACAUUCUAAUGAGCUGUUUUUCUCAGACUCUGAAGCUGAACACGAUCUGGAACAGCUCCAUGAUAAAUCUAGUGACACUGAAGAGCCUAAGAAACAGAUUAUACCUUAUUCCCUGGCUGAAAGCCUUUCAGAGGCGAAUGUUACUCAAAGACAUAAUCAUAAGAGAGUGAAGAGUAAAUCUGUUGAAGAGAAAAUCAAUGAAAUUGCUAAGCAUGUGUUUCAGUUCAUUGAAGGUAAGGAAACAAUAGAUGACAAUGGUAAAGUUGUGCUAAAUAAAUCAAAGUCAGUUGAGGAUUCCAACCAUGCCAAAAAGAAGAAGCCAAAACAUAAUCAUAACAGAAGGUCGUUAGACUCGAGUUUGAGCUCUAAAGUUGACCAAAACGACACAGAGAAGAGGCGUUCGAUGCUCACUAGCUCCACAGAGCUUUUACUGUCACCAGUGUUAGAAGCUGAAGGCAGAGUGACUCAGAGAGUUGAGAAUGGAAAUAAGGACCAUGAUCCAACAAGGUUUUACACCAUGCCAAAUCCAAAGAGGAGAAAAACUGGACAAUCACCUCGAAGAAAGGUUGGCAGGUUAGGAAGUUUAUCAAAACUGUUCAAUGAUACAGCCCAGACAUUUGCUAAUAAGACUCUUGGUAGUUCUUUCAAGCUCAGAAGUGAUAAGAAUGAUUCUGGUAGCUCAUCAGAUAAAUUGUGGGGACCUUUGUCAACUUCUGCAAAUUCUUUAGCGAAUAUGAUGGCGAAAAGGGCUUCAAGUUUUUCGACCAUGAUUAGAAAGAGAACAAACUCAAAUACCAUGGUUGACAGUCCAUUCAAGCAGUAUUGUAACAAGAAGAAGUCUCAAGUCAGUGAAGAGGAGAAAACAGAAUUUGUUUAUGAGAAGGUUCAAGUUACAUUGCCAAGGGAACGACCACAUACUGAGCUGGAAAAGAAGGCACUUGGAAUGAGACUUAAACUAAAUAUUAAGCUUGCCAAUGAAUCUGUUAAUGGUGACCUUGAUCCAAAUUGUUUAGAUUCAAGGUCAAGGGCAAAUAGCUUUGUUCUAAGCCAAAGAAAGAGCUUUGGGGCUCUUAAGAGUCCCACUUUACUUGAUGAAAUCAUGCGCUCUGUCGAUGCAGACCAUGUUCGCAGACUUCGUAGUAUUGCAGGUAAUACAGAAGAAGCUGAGUCAUCGUCGGAUUGUGAAAGUUCAGGUGGAAGUUCAAUAUUCCUCUUCAAUAAACAAUACAGUCUAGACUCAGAAGUGUCAGGUGGUAGGUCAAAUAGAAACAGCUUAGUUUUGAAUUUUUGUCGAGUUUGUGGAAAGCCUAGGAAUUUUUCUGACUCAAGUACCGAUUCUGACCAAUCGGAUAAGCAAUUAUCUCUAGGUUGUGCUCAACCCCGACAGGCUAUUUCUCUUUGUGAUUUAAGUGCUACUUGCCAGUGUAUGGUGAAACGAAGGUCUUCCAAAGAAAACAGGAAUUCUUCUGCAAUUCCACAGAGAAAAUCUUGGGAUGUAAUAACUGGUGACAACAUCCAUUUUCCACUCAACUCUGCUAAGAGAAAAAGUUCAGUAUGUUAUAAGCAUCGAUCCAUGUUUGAACUGAGCAGAUUGAGUUCAAAAGACAAAGAAGACUCUGGUAUUAUUUGUAACUUGGAAGACAAAUCUACAAACAAUUUGUCAGAUGUUUCACAAGGAUUUUUACAAAAACACAGACCAAUAGUAGAUUUGAGUUCUGACAGUAUUGACCAAGCUGUAGAAUCAGAUACUGACACAAUUGAUGAGACAGAUACAAGACAGUCCAGAUCUUGUGGAGAUAUUUUGGAUUUAGAUGAUAACUCAGGGACACUUAAAAGAAAGGCAAAAGUUAAGUGUGAUGUUGAUGUCGAAGAUUAUGAGAAAUAUUAUGUUGAAAAUGAGGGGGAUACAAAAAGUGCUCAAAUAUCAAGUUCUUGUGGUAACUUACUUGAAGAAAAAGAUUUUGAAAUUUCAAAUCAGCUGAAGCUAAAUGAAAAAAGUAAGAAAGAACUUAGAAUGGUAAAAGUAAAGUCUAUGUCAAGCUCACAUGAUGUAUUGAAUACUCUUGAUUCAAUGGAUGAAAUAGGUAUUUCAGACGAUGAUGUACUGCAUGACAGCGUGCCAUUUAAGUCGGAGGCAAAAUUUGAUAAAGUGAAGUGGAAUAGGGAACAAAAACAUAAGCAACUUCAGACAAGGCAUUCAGUGCCUAUAAUAAACAUUGAGAGAGCGGCAUCACCACAGAAAUUUGUAAGAGAGAAAUCUCCAAAUUUAAAAUAUCUGUCCUCCGCUCAUACAAGCCAGCCCUCUGUGAUAGACUUUGAAAAUACCAGUUCAAAUUACAAUGAUCAAAAUCUAUCUACAAAACCUCCUCUCCCGUUUAAAAAGAGACAUAAAAAGGUGCUGUCUUUGAGUGAUAUUCAUAAUGAGGAAAACAAAGAAAACUUACCUGCUCUCAACAGGCGAUUUCAAAGACAUUCUGUGGUUGACUAUGUUACAGAUAACAGUGAAUAUGAUAAAAUAUUUAUGAACAAAUGUUCAACCCCUAAAACUCGCCAAACACCAAAAUCAGAUUUGUCAACACCAUCUAAAACUGAUAGAUCAAGCAGUUUCACUAAAAGAUUUUUAUUCGAUGAACAACAAAUUGGCAAGUAUGUCAAAUCCUUACAUAGGCCGGAUAGUUUAGGCAGGAAAUCAAUUUCUAGUGAUGAAGUUACAAAUUUAGGAAAACCAUCAGAAUUUACUGCAAGAGACAAAAAUUACUCUACAAACUCUAUCAAUCGUCUCUCAAAUGAGUCAUGGGUGGAUGAAGUCUUUCAACGCAUAUCAUUACCCACAAACUUGCCCUACUCCCCAAGUGACCCAUUUAAGGACUUUCAGGAGUUACCAUUUAUGUCCCCAGAAUAUCGUAACUUAUCAUUCACGUCAUCAGGGGUAAAUUCUGACUCAGCCUCGGGGAUAUUUGGGGAAGAGAGUGUGUUGCGGUAUGAUGUGUGUCUGGGGUACCUGUUACACUCCAUUGAGUGUGAUGAGAUGACUGUAUGUGUAUACUCGUUACAGCGCAACAAACAGAUUAUGGAGUCUGUGAUAACACCCAUAGCUGCUCUUCCUGGAGGGAGUGGGAGUCGUUCAUCAACUGAGACACCAUCUUCAGACAAGAGGCGAUUGUCAAGUAAAGUGCCCGCGGAGGAGCUGCCGAAUCCAGCAGCCCCUAUUACUCAGGUGCCUUCUGAUCGUCUAGCACAUGCGGGACAUGUUUUACGUACCGUUCUAUUGGCGCGGGCCCCGCACAUGAUCCGGGACCGGAAAUUCCACCUUCGCACAUAUCGUCGUUGUAUGGUCGGCACAGAAAUGGUAGACUGGGUUUUACAACAUAGUGGACUGGUACAUUCCCGAGCACAGGCUGUUGGCAUGUGGCAGGCUCUUGUGGAGGAAGGAGUUAUUGUGCAUGUUUGCCAUGAGCACCAGUUCAAGGACAAGUACCUCUUCUACCGUUUUCAUGAGGAUGAUGAGGGUGUUAGCACGGUUCCCAGCUCAGCUGUAAAGCGUGAGUGCGAGGAUGAACUUCCCGAUGUGUUUCUCCUUCUAGCACAGAUUGGGCCUGAUGCCGUGAUGAGAAUGAUCCUACGGAAACCGUCACAUGAGCGAACAAGUGAAGAUUUGGAGACCAUUUACGAAGAGUUACUCCACAUCAAAGCUCUGUCCCACCUCUCCACGAUGGUGAAACGAGAACUGGCCAGCGUUCUGGUGUUUGAAUCACAUGCCAAAUCAGGAACUGUCUUGUUUAACCAGGGGGAUGAGGGCAAAUCCUGGUACAUCAUAUUGAAGGGCUCUGUGAAUGUUGUCAUCUAUGGAAAGGGGGUUGUGUGUACUCUUCACGAGGGAGAUGACUUUGGAAAAUUGGCACUGGUCAAUGAUGCACCGAGAGCUGCAACAAUCGUUCUCCGAGAUGACAACUGUCAUUUUCUCAGAGUGGAUAAAGAUGACUUCAACAGAAUCUUGAGGGAUGUGGAGGCAAACACUGUACGCCUUAAGGAGCAUGGCCAAGACGUUCUUGUGUUGGAGAAGAUACCGUCAAACACCCAGUCAGCUGAUGGAACUGUACAGGCACAUUACAAGUACUCUGUGAUGGCGGGUACUCCUGAGAAGAUGUUGGAGCACCUCCUUGAGAGUCGACUAGAUAACAAAAAUGAGACAGAAAUAGAUGGAUUCCUGGAAGAUUUCCUACUGACACAUGUGAUCUACAUGCCAUGUAACCACCUCUGUCCCGUGCUACUGUCACACUAUCACUCCUCAACAGCAGACGGAUCAGAGAGCGAGGGAUAUGAGUUUAUGUUGAACCAUAAGAAAUGUGUGCUACAUUUUGUACAGGAGUGGAGCAUUAUUGUCGGCCUGCCAUUCAGAGAGGACCAUACAAUUAACGCUUUCCUGGAGGAGCUGCACAGCUGUGUGGUUGGUGACAUUCAAGACUAUCCGGGCCUCAGAGAUGACAUCAAACACCUAGAGGCCAUUCUCAACUCACAGUCAGGAUCCCCAGGUAACAAGUCAAAGAAGAGGUCAUCGGGGACAUUCACAUUUUCACGCAAACAUUCCAAGGACUGUUUCCAGGACACACCCAAGAAACGAAAAACCCUCAAACCUGCAGAUGAAACAAUAUUUAAGGUGUAUUGUGCAGACCAUUCCUACACGACUCUAAAACUGCCGCUGGAAACGCGGGUUGAACAACUUCUCAGUGCCACAAUGGAAAAACAAGGACUUGGAGAUGACCUCAUUCUUUGUGAAGUCAAGUCAACCGGAGAACGCCUGAUCUUCAAAGAAAAUGACUUAUGUGUUACAACAGGACUCAGUAUUAAUGGCCGACUCUUUGUUACCCCGAAAGAACAUCUUGAUGCACUGACCCCCCUGCCAGAACAGGAGGGCCCAUCAGAGAGUUCAUUCUCCCAAAUAGAGUCAUUCAGUUCCCGGGAAAUGGCGUACCACAUGACCCUACAUGACUGGGAACUCUUCACAUGUCUCCAGGAGUAUGAGCUCAUCUAUCAAGUGUUUGGUCGAUACAAGUUUGGCAAGAUCACAGCUAACCUCGAUAUGUUCCUGCGCCGCUUUAAUGAGCUCCAGUUCUGGGUCGUCACGGAAAUGGUUAUGGCUGCAAACCUCAGUAAACGGGUCUCGUUGCUACGGAAAUUCAUUAAACUGGCUGCUCAUUGUAAGGAGUUUCGCAACCUGAAUAGUUUCUUUGCCAUCGUGAUGGGUCUCAGUAACAUCGCCGUCAGCCGGCUUUCUCAAACUUGGGAGAAACUGCCUGGAAAGUUUAAGAAGAUGUUUGCAGACUUUGAGACCCUGAUGGACCCUUCACGUAACCAUCGUGUGUACCGUCUGUCUGUAGCAAAGAUGCAGCCGCCAAUCAUACCAUUCAUGCCCCUUCUCAUGAAAGAUAUGACAUUCACCCAUGAAGGAAACAAGACAUACUUUGAUGGCCUCGUCAACUUUGAGAAAAUGCACAUGAUUGCUCAGACGUUGAAGACAGUUCGGUUCUGCCGAAGUUCACAACUAGACUUGGAGGCCCCUGUGACGCUGAAAUCAUCAGAGACUGCAGAGUACGUCCGUGACCUGAAGGUCAUAGACAACCAGCGACGUCUAACUCAGCUUUCUCACAAGCUUGAACCAAGGAAGACAUAAUCCAGCAAGAGUGCAUCUUGUGAAUUUUAUCAAUCACAAGUAAUGGUUCAAGCGUUUUAGCCAUGGACAAUCAAUGAUGCCCAUCCCUAUUUUGAAGCAUUCUGGCUAUGAACAACCAAUGAAGCCCAUACCUAUGCCAAAGCGUUCUGGCCGUGGACAACCAAUGACCCCCAAUCCCUACUUCAAAGUGUUCGAGCCGUGGACAACCAAUGACCCCCAUCCCUUCUCCAAAGUGUUCUGGCCGUGGACAACCAAUGACCCCCAUCCCUACUCCAAAGCGUUCUGGCCAUGAACAACCAAUGAUGCCUAUCUAUACUCCAAAGUGUUCUGGCAAUGGACAACAAAUGGCGUCCAUCCCUACUCCAAAGCGUUCUGGCCAUGGACAACCAAUGACCCCCAUCCCUACUACAAAGCGUUCUGGCCAUGAACAACCAAUGACCCCCAUCCCUACUCCAAAGCGUUCUGGCCUUGGACAACCAAUUACGCCAAUCCCUACUCCAAAAUGUUCUGGCCAUGAACAACCAAUGACUCCCCUUCCUACUCCAAAGCGUUCUGGCCAUGAACAACCAAUGAUGCCUAUCUAUACUCCAAAGUGUUCUGGCAAUGGACAACAAAUGGCGUCCAUCCCUACUCCAAAAUGUUCUGGCCGUGGACAACAAAUGACCCCCAUCCCUACUACAAAGUGUUCUGGCCGUGGACAACAAAUGACCCCCAUUCUUACUCCAAAGCGUUCUGGCCAUGAACAACCAAUGAAACCCGUCCCCCUUCCAAAGCAGUAUUGGCCACGAACAACCAAUGAAGCCUGUCCCUCUUCCAAAGCAGUAUUGGCCAUGAACAACCAAUGAAGCCUGUCCCCCUUCCAAAGCAGUAUUAGGGCAAAAAAAAAAUUCAUCUGACUGUUAUAAAAAAAAAGAAUGUGGCAAAAGAGCUGAUUUUAUUUAAAAAAAAUAUAAGAAAGAUAUUCAUAAACCAAUAUUUGGUCAAAAAGAAGACACUUCAAGUGUUUUUUUCGAACAAGAGCUCAGUUGUUGGCGGGGUUGAAGUCUUACAUAGUUUUUCUAUGGCCUUUAUUCUUCAAAAUGCUAUUUCAUUUGUACUUACAUGUAUGUCAAAUAUGAUGAAAACUUUCUUGACAUUCCAUGGUUUUUAUCAUAGAGUGGUCCAGAAUUUCAACCAUUACUUCUUAUUAAUAUGGCAUUAUGAACAUUUGUAGGCCAACAUAUAGUAGUAAUAUUUGUAAAAUGCUAACAUUACAAAAAUGUUAUGUUCAAAUUACAUGUUUAUUUUAGUUGAGUGUAUAUUUGAUAACUGUAUAAAUUGUAUAUUUUAAACUUGUAAAUAACAUGGAUAUGUGCAAUAUUUGAAGAAGAAAAAAUGUAAAUAAUCUGACAUUAUCCUGCUUAUAGUUUGGUGAUAACGAUGUGUUUUGCUCACAGUGCUGAUUUGUGUUAAAUAAUUAUCAUAUUGUGUAUGAGAUAUAACUUAGUUAAGUUAAUGAAUAUUUCAUACUUCUAGGGCAUGGACAGUCUAGGGAACCAAAUUGCCAAUUACAUGCGGGUAGCGAUAUAUACAUUUCACUCGAUGGAAUAAUCAUGACAUAGAUUAGUAUAUACACUGUUUCUUCCUCUUUUUAAAGCACCCCUAAGUAACCAUUUCAUCUGAAACAGAAAACAGGCAGUUUCAACAAUUAAGUAUUGUUUGUCAAAUGAAGAAAGAAAUGAAAUCUCUGUUCAUGUGAGCUCGGUCACGAAGGUCGGGGGACGUCAUCUAUCUUAAAGCAAAUGGCGAAAAAACAGCCAUUUCAGUCACUUCAACCAGCAGCAGUCGACAUGACUGAUGUAAAAACUCACUUAAAUCUCCAAGUAUUAGAUGAUAUUGCUGUAUUGGUCAGGUACUGGUUACGAAAAGUUAAACAAAACAUACCCGAGCCGCGGAUACCCGUCCAUGCCCUACAUGCUUAGCAUAGCCAUCAUUUAGAUGGAUAUUUUAUCAUGCGUUGUGACACAUUAUGCCUAUGAUUAUCAAGGUUGUCUUACAUCCUGUAUUGGUUUUGGUUGUAACCCAUUCAAAUUCAUCUAACAUUUAUUCACUCCCUUUACUGUGUUUUUAAACGAGAAAAGUGCUAUAGUUAUUUUUCAAACUCUUCAGUUUGCAAAUCAUAUUUUAAAAGUUUAACAUUCCAAAAUAACAUGUUUUGGAGAAACAUUUAUCCUUCGUUGAUAUUUAAUGCUUAGAUAAAUGUAAAACCCAAAUUUAAAAAAAUAAAUAUAGUUUAACAUGUGUAUAAUGUUGUGUUACGAGUUGAUAUCAAAAUACAUUUAUUGGCUCAAUGUUAUUAAUUAUACUAUUUAUUCACAUGUACACAUUGCUAUUCAACAUUUCUAUCAAUUUAAUCUAUGAACAACACUUUUAAAAUAAUUAUAACUAUGAAACAAUUUUUCUUCAUAUUACAUGUGUUUAGUUUGUUUUAAAUUGUAUUUGAACAAUUUCAUAUUUAUUAUGUUGAGUAUUAAAUGAUAUUAUAGAAAGAACAGAACAGAAAGAUGAUUUUUUUGGAUUUAAACAUAUUGUUUCUCAUCCAUACAAGUAAUUAUAACACAAAUGGUUAGUAUAUAUAUACAAAUAAUACAGAAACAAAACAUAUUAAGACAAACAAGUGUUAUUAAAGUAUAGUAUUUGUAAGCGAUUUUUCUUAUUUCAUUAGCUUGGCUUAUAUAAGUACACAUGCAGGAUCAUGUUGAGCUUGCAAGUGAAUUAAUUCACAAAGCCACCAAACUUCUUAUAACUAAGACUGCUACUUGGUAAUCUGUAAUUUUAGUGUAAAACAUUUCUAUAUUUUCAUUAUUGGAAUUACGGAAGCCUUCAUUUGGACACUUUUUCAUCAUCAAAAUCAUGACUCAAAAUCCAUUAUAUUGUUUUAUUUGAAAUAUAUAUUUGAUAUGUUUUGUAGUAUUUGUGUUAAGUAUGUUGGAUAUGAUAAUAAAAUAUGAAAACAUCA